GAGAGCAUGAACGAACUUGUUUCACAUUAAAUGUAGCUAUAAAUGGGCAAAAAGUAUAUCGUAUUUUUAGUUCAUUAUAAUGAAAUUGCUGUAGUAUAAUUGGGGCAAAACACUUCUCGGCGUGCCGUUAUAGGAGAAUAAUCAGCUUUUGGUGUGGUAAGAUUGAUGCCGUGUCUUCAUAACGCACCGUUGUUGAUUAUUUUCAUGUAACAGCAUGACACGGGGGGCUUUAUUUCCAAGUUAUAUGAUAUAUAAAAUGUUCUCAAAGGUGGGAUAUUGAUGUAAUCCAUUGGGCUACUGAUGAAGAAUAAAAUAUACGCGAGUUACUCUGACGUGUUUAUUUCAGAAAGUUGUCAGUCUGUUCUCCUGUUAUCAUCAGCAUGAUGAUGAUGGAAAGCGAGGGAUGAGGACGAGUGCAGCGGGGAGCGAGAGAGAAAGAGAGAGCGCUCUGUGAGUGAGGCUUGGCAAGGAAAAACAAAAGGCCUUUGAUGGGUCUCUCUGUGAAAAUCGGCGCUGGCCCUCACACAUGCCGCUGAGUGAAUGUUGAUGAGGUGUGCGAGUGUGGAUGAGAGAGUGUGUGUGUUUGUGUGUGUGUGUGAGAGACCAUGGCACCGGGCGACACGGCGGCUUUGAAUGUAAAGCAGCACAAGCUCAGGACGAAGUGCGCGUCGCGGUCGCCCGAGGCAGAGUGCGCGGCUGACGGCUCGUUCAUUUUCGAGGCUCACGAAGCCUGGAAGGACUUUCACAACUCGCUGCGACAAUUCUACGAGAACGGAGAACUCUGUGAUGUCACGCUGAAGGUGGGCACCAAGCUGAUCCCGUGCCACAAGCUGGUGCUGGCCUGCGUGGUGCCGUACUUCCGGGCCAUGUUCCUCUCGGACAUGGCUGAGGCCAAGCAGGAGCUGAUCGAGAUCCGAGACUUUGACGGUGACGCCAUCCAGGACCUGGUGCGCUUCGCCUACUCGUCACGCCUAACUCUGACAGUGGAGAACGUCCAGCCGCUGCUCUACGCCGCUUGCAUCCUGCAGGUGGAGCUGGUUGCUCGGGCCUGCUGCGAAUACAUGAAGGCCCAUUUCCACCCGUCCAACUGCCUCGCCGUACGCACCUUCGCCGAGAGCCACCACCGCGUGGACCUGAUGGACAUGGCCGACCGCUACGCCUGCGAGCACUUCGGCCAAGUGCUGGAGAGUGACGACUUCACGCGUGUCUCACCGCAGCACCUCAAGACACUGCUCAGCUCCAGCGACCUCAACAUUCACUCCGAGACGCAGGUGUACGAAGCCGCCGUCAAGUGGCUCAAAGCCAAUCCUCAGCACCAUGAGCUCUGGCUCCAUCAGAUCAUGUCUCGGGUGCGUCUUCCUCUGCUGCCCGUGGGCUUCCUCACAGGCACCGUGGCUAAAGAGGAGAUGAUAAAGGCUGACCUGAGCUGCCGGGACCUGCUGGACGAGGCCAGGAACUACCACCUGCACCUCAGCAACAAGAGCGUACCUGAUUUCGAGUACUCGAUCCGCACCACGCCACGCAAACACACAGCCGGUGUGCUGUUCUGCGUGGGGGGACGUGGUGGUUCUGGAGAUCCGUUCCGCAGCAUCGAGUGCUACUCAAUCAGCAAGAACAGCUGGUUCUUCGGGCCUGAGAUGAACAGCAGGCGCAGACACGUGGGAGUCAUCUCUGUAGAAGGAAAGGUGUACGCAGUGGGCGGCCAUGACGGCAGUGAGCACCUGGGAAACAUGGAGAUGUUCGACCCGUUCACCAACAAGUGGAUGAUGAAGGCCUCCAUGAACACGAAAAGGAGGGGCAUUGCACUGGCCACACUCGGAGGUCCGAUCUACGCUAUAGGAGGCCUGGACGAUAACUCGUGCUUUAGCGACGUGGAGCGUUACGAUAUCGAGGCAGACCGCUGGAGUGCCGUCUCCCCCAUGAACACCCCUAGAGGAGGAGUGGGCUCCGUCGCUUUAGGGAGCUACGUGUACGCUGUGGGAGGGAACGACGGCGUAGCCUCGCUGUCGAGUGUCGAGCGCUUCGACCCGCACCUCAACAAAUGGACAGACGUGCGAGAGAUGGGGCAGAGGCGUGCGGGAAACGGAGUGAGCGAACUGAACGGGUGCCUCUACGUUGUAGGUGGGUUUGACGAUAACUCUCCGCUGAGUUCAGUGGAGCGUUUCGAUCCCAGGGUGAACCACUGGGAGUACGUCGCUGAGCUCACCACGCCCAGGGGCGGAGUCGGUGUCGCUACGGUGAUGGGUCGGGUCUUUGCUGUGGGGGGACACAACGGAAACAUCUACCUGAACACGGUGGAGGCUUUUGAGCCGCGCACGAACAGGUGGGAGUUGGUGGGCUCGGUGUCCCACUGCAGGGCCGGAGCAGGCGUGGCCGUCUGCGCCACACACAUCAGUCAGAUUCGAGACGUGGGUCAGGGUUCGAGCAAUGUGGCGGACUGCAUGUAGUGACACUGUUGGAGUAUGGAGAGACAACAUGGUGUACACACACACAUACAGAGCACCACACAUACUCCAUACAAAAUUCUCAACAUCUAUAGACAUAUGACACACUCCAAAUACAACAUAGCUCUCGUAAAUACAACACACGCACACAUACUACACACAGCACCACAACAUUGUCUCAACACAUAUACACAAGCUACACAGUUAAAUUACAGCACCACCAUACUCCUGAUCUCUUGCUGUAUCUCUGUAUGAAAUCUUCCUCGUAUCAGUUUUACCACCUCGCUAUAAAGACUAUGAAGCUUCAGUAAUAUUAAGAUGUAUAAAAAAUAUGUGCGCUACACAAUCUAUAUUUAAGUUUUGUUUCAUAUAAGAUUCUCAGAUUUGUGAUGAACUGCUAUAAUGACAAAUGGCUGGCUUUGGUUGAAAUUGAACUAACGGGCAUAAUCCAAAUAGUAAGUUUCUCAUCUUUAGUUAACCAGUGGUCAUCAUCUUGGAACACGCUGUUUCAUCUUAACUACCUGUUAAACAAAUCAAUGCCAAGUAAACACAAACACGAAUGAGCUAGCUAGCUGACGAUGCUGACACCGGUUGGCCAUCUUGCUCACGUCUCGAGAAGGACGUGCACUGGGCCGUUUUAAUACACUGCUUUUGAUUUUGUACAAGGAAUUUCGGUCCGUAUCUGUGCACUUCUAAUCUUUCAUAGAUUAGAAACAAGGCUUGAGUAUAUUUUUGUCUGGAAGAUGUACAGACAUGAAGACAUUAGUGCUUUUUCAGAAUGUCCAUAGUGCCGAUUCUGCUUUUCGUCUGCUUUUAACUGCGUGCAAAAAUAUUUAUUUAUUUUUUAAAUUUUGAAAUAAAGGUUUCUCAUAUCUUCGUAUCAUAGUUUGGAUGUUUUUUUUUGUUUGUUUGUUUGUUUUGUUUUGAUAGUUUUUUAAAUGCUCUUAUCGGUAAAGUUUUAAGCCUGUGCUUUUUGGAAUUAAUUUAUAUGUAUUUAUAUGUGUGCCAAUAAUAAUAUAUCUUUCUUUUCAGUAUAUUAUAUAUUGAAUCAUGUAGUUACAUUGAACUGAUCUUCUUGUGUUUGACAACUGGUGUAUUUUAAAAAAUUCUAUAGCAUAUUUAUCCUUUUUGUCAUCAGGCAUCAUAUCUGCAAUCGAGUUUGACCUGCAUAUUUUAUAUUUAUUUCAUGUAUUUAAAGCACAGAGAAUCAUAUCCAUGUGAGGUUGUUUACAAACUGCCAUAAAGCGUGACAAGCGCUCGACUUGUGCAAUUCUGGUUUUCAGUAGAAGAACGUUUUGUAUCUGAUUUGAAGAAAAAAAAAUGACUGAUACUGACUGUAUAAAAUGGGUCUGAACUUCCCAAACCAGUUCCUGAGGCUCCAUCUGCCUUUUUCUGUCCUGUUCCAAUUUGGUAAAAGCAGUAGUUUGACAAAUUUUUUGCAGUUUUCAUACUCAACUCAAAUCUAGGAUUUUAUUUAUUUAUCGCAUUUAUUCACGUGGUUAUAAUUUCAGGAGUUAGGAUAGAAAACAUUGGGACUGGGAUGGGAACCGUGACUCUGAAUUGCUAAUUGUGUGAAAGAUUCUCUAUCAGACAUGCACCUAUUUUAAUAUGAGAGCUACUGUAGUGAAUCGUCACUUCCUGUACAGUGGUACUUCCUGUUUGCAGUAAGGUACUGUACUCGUACUGUAUUUUGCUCAAAUUCUUGCUCUCGUCUGUCGGUUUGUAUAAUUCAAAUAAAGCUAUAAGAAAUAUUAUAAUGAAAUAAAAUGCCUGUGCAUCCA